UACAGAAAGUGUUCAGGCUAAUUUUGAAGCCAAUUUUGGUCAUAUGUUGGUCGAUGUAUUGAGGCUCUUGUGUCAUGAGUUGGAGAUUGCUGAAUCAGAUUCUAAACAGGAUCUGGUUAAUGUUUGGUUAGUGAGAGGUGCUUCCGCACCUAUGUUUGGCAGUGUUGGUUCUUUGCUUUUUGAACCAGUGGUUGGUUCUACUAGUAGUAUAGGUGAUGUUAGACCUGGUGAAAAGAGGUUCUUGUAA